AUGCCGCAACUUUUUCCCUCUAACCCGUCGGCGACGAUGGUGAUUCGCGACGUCACGUCCAAUAUCGUCACCAUGAGUUUGCCGUUUGCGCGCUUUGGCAUCUUUCAUUUCGGCGGCCGAGGAACACUGGUCAAGCUCUCUACGGGUGCCCUCGCAGUCUUCUCUCCCGUCGGCCUCACUCCGGAGGUACGCGCAAAAGUAGACUCUCUCGGCGGAAAUGUGAAGUACAUCGCCGCCCCCGAUCUCGAACACCAUCUACACAUCAGCACAUGGAAGGAGGCAUAUCCCCAAGCAUCCAUUCUCGCGCCGCAGGGCCUAUACGAGAAGCGCCAAGCAAGCAAGCAGUACCACGAUGCCACAUUCGAGCAUGUCUUCAAGAAAAAUGAGACGCAGAAGAUAUCGGAGGAGUUCGACGCUGAGUUUGACACCGAGUACGUUCAUGGACAUGGAUCGCGCGAACUGGUGUUCUUGCAUCGCCCUUCCCGCACGGUGAUUGAGGCCGAUCUGCUUUUCAACUUGCCGGCCCAUGAGCAGUACUCCCGGACCGGGGGUGGUAACCCGCUCAACUUCUUGACCAAGUUGAUGCUUCCGUUGUUGUCGAUUAAUGGUUCUGCGACGGGGCAGCGACGAUUCGCGUGGUAUAUUCUCUCUUCUAAGGACCGCCCGGCGUUCACCGAGUCGAUGAAGCGUAUCAACGGGUGGGACUUUGAUCGGCUGAUUCCGUGCCAUGGAGAUGUCAUCGAGACGGGAGCCAAGGGGGUGUUCCAGAACGUGAUGGCGUGGUUCCUGGAAGAUAAGAAGCAUACCUGA